AUGUUGGUUCAUGUGGGUCAUUCACGAGAACAAUGUAUCGUGACAGAAAACAUGCAUUAUCAAGUGGAGUUAACUCUAAAACCUUUGACUUCAAUUCAAACCCCUCGCGCGACUGUCAAAAAGCCGUACAACUUUUCUUUUCCUUUCUUCGCCGCCACGUCGCCGGGAAUUCUUCACUGUGUUUAUGCGACGAAAAUGGCGACUCUGAAGCCGUCAUUUGCUGUUGCUCCGCCGAAUACUAAUCCGAUUCGAUUCGGAUGUUUCGCGCCGCAAUGUUUCGUCCGCGUCCCGAAACCGCCUUCCUUCCACCGGCGAUUCGUCUCUACUACAAGUCUCGCAUUGCCCAGGUUUCAACGGACGAUUCGCGGCGGCGGCGGCAGUUUGAUCCGAUGUGAACUUCCGGAUUUCCAUCUCUCAGCAACAGCAACUACUGUUGCAGAUUUAUCAACGGAGAGCACAGUGGAUCAAACUCAGAUUCCCAAAGGUGAAAUGUGGAGUGUUCACAAGUUUGGCGGGACAUGUGUGGGAAACUCGCAGAGAAUCAGGAACGUCGCGGAGGUUAUAAUCAACGAUAACUCCGAGAGAAAACUUGUGGUUGUCUCUGCAAUGUCGAAAGUGACGGAUAUGAUGUAUGACUUAAUCCGCAAGGCACAGUCACGAGACGACUCUUACUUAUCCGCACUGGAAGCUGUUUUAGAGAAGCACAGGUUAACAGCUCGUGACCUCCUCGACGGGGACGACCUCGCUAGCUUCUUGUCACAUUUGCAUAAUGACAUUAGUAACCUUAAAGCAAUGCUUCGUGCUAUAUACAUAGCUGGACAUGCAUCAGAGUCGUUUUCAGACUUUGUUGCAGGACAUGGGGAGCUUUGGUCUGCUCAGAUGCUAUCAUUUGUCGUGAGAAAGACUGGGCUUGAGUGCAAGUGGAUGGAUACUAGAGAAGUGCUCAUUGUGAAUCCCACAAGCUCUAAUCAGGUUGAUCCUGAUUUCGACUUAUCCGAGAGGAGACUCGAAAAGUGGUUCUCUUCAAACCCGUCGAAGAUAAUUAUCGCGACGGGGUUCAUUGCAAGCACUCCACAGAACAUCCCAACGACUUUGAAAAGAGACGGGAGUGAUUUCUCAGCGGCUAUCAUGGGUGCUCUGUUGAGGGCUCGUCAAGUGACGAUUUGGACUGAUGUUGAUGGUGUAUACAGUGCUGAUCCUCGUAAAGUUAAUGAGGCAGUGAUACUCAAGACACUUUCUUAUCAAGAGGCUUGGGAAAUGUCUUAUUUUGGAGCGAAUGUUUUACAUCCUCGCACCAUCAUUCCUGUGAUGAGGUAUAACAUUCCGAUUGUGAUAAGGAAUAUUUUCAACCUCUCCGCGCCGGGGACAGUGAUCUGUCAACCUCCUGAAGAUGAUUACGAGCUUAACCUGACGACUCCUGUGAAAGGGUUUGCAACCAUUGACAAUUUGGCACUCAUAAAUGUUGAAGGUACUGGAAUGGCUGGUGUACCUGGUACUGCAAGUGACAUUUUCGGUACCGUAAAAGAUGUUGGAGCUAAUGUGAUUAUGAUAUCUCAGGCUAGUAGUGAGCAUUCUGUGUGCUUUGCUGUACCUGAGAAGGAAGUAAACGCUGUUUCCGAGGCACUGCGGUCGAGGUUUAGCGAAGCAUUACAAGCUGGACGUCUCUCCCAGAUUGAGGUGAUACCAAAUUGUAGCAUCUUAGCUGCAGUGGGACAGAAAAUGGCUAGUACACCUGGAGUUAGUUGUACACUUUUCAGUGCUCUCGCAAAGGCUAAUAUUAAUGUCCGAGCUAUAUCUCAAGGUUGUUCUGAGUACAACGUUACUGUAGUUAUUAAACGAGAAGAUAGCGUAAAGGCACUGAGAGCCGUGCACUCGAGGUUUUUCUUGUCAAGAACGACAUUAGCCAUGGGAAUCGUUGGACCAGGCUUGAUUGGUGCUACGUUACUUGAUCAGCUGAGGGACCAGGCUGCUGUUCUCAAGCAAGAAUUUAACAUUGAUCUGCGUGUUUUGGGAAUCACUGGCUCAAAAAGUAUGCUAUUAAGUGAGAUUGGUAUUGAUUUGUCGAGAUGGAGAGAACUUCUGAACGAGAAGGGAACAGAGGCUAAUCUGGAUAAGUUCACUCAACAAGUGCAUGGAAACCAUUUCAUCCCCAACACUGUACUGGUUGAUUGUACAGCAGACUCUGCUAUUGCGAGCCAUUACUAUGAUUGGUUACGGAAGGGUAUCCACGUCAUCACCCCAAAUAAAAAGGCUAACUCAGGUCCCCUUGACCAGUACUUGAAACUGAGAGAUCUUCAAAGGAAAUCCUACACUCAUUACUUCUAUGAAGCCACUGUUGGAGCUGGUCUUCCAAUUAUCAGCACUUUACGUGGUCUACUUGAGACUGGAGACAAGAUACUACGCAUAGAGGGCAUUUUCAGUGGAACUUUGAGUUAUCUAUUCAACACUUUUGUUGGAGACCGAAGUUUCAGCGAGGUUGUGGCAGAAGCAAAGGACGCAGGUUUCACCGAGCCUGAUCCAAGAGAUGAUUUAUCUGGAACUGAUGUUGCAAGAAAGGUGAUUAUCCUCGCUCGAGAAUCUGGACUUAAACUGGACCUCGCUGAUCUUCCCAUUAGAAGCCUCGUCCCAGAGCCUCUAAAAGGAUGCGCUUCUGCUGAAGAGUUUAUGGAGAAACUCCCACAGUACGAUGACGACCUGGCAAAAGAAAGGCUAGAAGCUGAAAACUCCGGAGAAGUUCUGAGAUAUGUUGGAGUGGUGGACGCAAUAAAUCAAACGGGAACUGUGGAGCUACGAAGAUACAAGCAAGAACAUCCGUUUGCACAGCUGUCAGGUUCGGACAACAUAAUAGCAUUCACAACGACAAGGUACAAGGAUCAUCCACUUAUUGUCCGAGGACCUGGUGCUGGUGCUCAAGUCACGGCCGGUGGUAUAUUCAGCGACAUACUAAGACUCGCAUCUUAUCUCGGUGCACCGUCUUAA